AAAUUACUAGUUAUUUUUGGUGUAGUUCAUCAGGAGAGCAAAAUGAUUGUUGUGGUUUAGGAACAUACCCAACAUGUCAAAGUAAUUCAGCAUUGCGUACAUGUCACUGUGGAUGUGAGCUUAGUUGUUCAGAAGCAUUAACCAAUAAUUAUUUAAAUACAAGAUGUGCUGCAACUAUUGUUAGAACACAGGGCUAUACAGCGUGGGUAGGAUAUAAUUCAAAUCAAGCUGAAUGCAAUUCAUACGAUAUAUUUAAUGGUGGAUGCUCGUAUGGAAGUUGUUGUUCAGAUUUAUAUCCUGGCUCUGUUUGCUGUCCAGUACCUAAUCCAAAUAAACAAGGAUGUUGUCCUUCUACACAUACAAUCUGUUGUCCGGCACCUUAUCUAGAUGAUUGUUGUUCUACAGAAUAUCCUGUAUGUUGUGGUACCGGUUGUUGUCCAGCAGGAACAUACUGCUGUGGAAAUAACCAAUGUUGUCGACAAAUAAAUAGUCAUGGUAAAACAUCAAACCAAGUUAUAGCAAAUGCUACAUUGAAUGUUAAACAUUUAACUUAA